ACUAGUCUCCCAUCCGUUACAACUUUCUAUUUCAAAAUUCAAAAUCCCCAGUACUCAAUAUUAAACUCCCAUUAAUCUUCACAUUUCAAGAAUUCCAAUCGCUCUCUAUUCUCUCAAUUUCACUCUAUUUCUAUCUGUUUUUCUCAGACAUCUUUUGCUGAAAUCUCUAUACUUCCUUCUGUUUUGUCUUCAUAUACUGGAAAAAAAAAAUUGAGUUGUUUAAUCUUUAAUUUAAUUUUCCUCCAAAAUGGGUGCUUCUGGGAAGUGGAUUAAAUCACUUAUUGGUCUGAAAAAGCAGGGAUCAAAUGACUCUGAGAAGGAUGGGGGUAAGGGCAGGAGGUGGAAGCUGUGGAGGAGUGCAUCUGGAGGCAUAACAAUGGCGUUGAAGGGGGGUAAAGGGGAGGGAAGUUUGUCCGAGGUUUCUGAAUCGUCUUCCUCUAUCUUUGAUGGUGAAAUGGCUGCUGCUGUGGCUACAGUAAUUAGAGCUCCACACAAGGAUUUCAUGGUGCUUAGACAAGAAUGGGCAGCUGUUCGAAUCCAGGCUAUCUUUCGAGCUUUUCUGGCAAAACGUGCUUUAAGGGCGUUGAGAGCAUUGGUUAGACUACAAGCUAUAGUUCGUGGUCGAAUGGUUAGGAAGCAAGCCGAUGUAACACUUAGAUGCAUGCAGGCUCUUGUUAGAGUUCAGGCCCGAGUUAGGUCUCAUUGCGUUCAAACAUCAGUCGAGGGGGAGGUCACAAAGAAUCAUGUUGAAGCUGAUCCUAUUAAGCAGGCUGAGAGUGGAUGGUGUGAUAGUCUUGGGAAUUUCGAAGAGGUAAGGUCUAAGGUACAAAUGAAACAAGGAGGAGCCAUUAAGAGGGAGAGAGAAAUGGCAUAUAUCCUUUCUCAUCAGCAGUUAAGAGAAAAGCCCAUCUCAAAUUCAAGAACGAACAAAAUGGCUACUCCCAAGAAGGCGGAUAAUAAUAGUUCAAGUCACGAUUUGUUAGACCAGUGGAUGGCAACGAAGCCAUGGGAGACUAGGUUGAUGCAAGAACUCAAUAACAACUCAUCAGACACAACACCAAUUUCGACGAAAUAUGAAGAUCGUGUUGUUGAAUUGCUUUCAAGUUCAUCGGAUCAUGAUUCAGUGAGAAUCAGACGCAAUAACAUUUCCACAAAAAAAUCCUCAAGAGUUCCAAUAAGUCGUCAAAUUACUUGCUCCCCUUCUGAUCAAUGUACUGAAUUUCCAUAUGAUGAGAGUACAACAUCAAAUUCAUCCACAACUAAUUCUGAAGGACAGGGUAAUAAUCCCAGCUACAUGAGUUUAACAGAAUCAAUCAAGGCUAAGCAGAAACCACGCACUUAUUUGUUGAACACUCAUAGCAUGCAGAGGCGUUCUUAUGAGGAUUUACAAUACCGUAGAAAACCAAGUUCACUUUCGAGGGGUGUAACUCAGAGAAGUGCUGAUACUGAUUGUUCAGUUAAUUUGUGCCGGGAUCUUUAUACAAUGCAUAUGAGCCAAUACGAUGGGGUGAGAAGUCGAGGUUAAGCCGUGUUCCAGUUCUUGAAGUUGUUCAACAGCUCAUUGUCUUCUUAUGAAUUUGAAAAUUGCUCGAACUGAAGAUUAGCUUUUUCGAUCCAGUGUGGAACUUUCUGUUUUACUUUUUAAACAAUUUGAAUGGGAUAUAUAUUUUUAGAGGUUUUUUCCAAAUCGGAAAGUGUAGAAUUAGAGGUUUUUUAUAAAAGUUCUUGAAGAAACUUUAAUAAUAUACAGUUUCAUUGUCCUUUUCUAAUU